GAACUUGCCAGAUUGAUAGAGGAUAGUGAAAGGUCACGCAAUGCUGGUACUGAUGCAGAUUUAGUACAGGAAUGGAUGACCACAAAUAGUGUUCUUUCUCUUGCUCUAGAAGGAAACAUAGAUCAAGUACAAUAUACAGAUCGCAUGAAGGAGCUUGUGGAAUUCAUGGGCCAAAGUUUGCAAGAAAGAGGAAUUGUCACGCAUUUGGCACAUGGCUGAACAAGCUGGUCCUCAUGUUGUAGAUAACAUUCAUCGUAUUAUGGCAGCUGCUGCAUCUCGAUUUAAUCCUCAUCAGUUUGAUCACCUUCUUAAAUUGAUCAGAAAAAGCUGGGACACUGGAAAUGAUCGUUUAAGAGAAAAGCUUCUAUCUUUCAUCGGUAAAAUUGGUAAAGAUUCACGUCUUGGAAGAACAGCAGAGAAAAUGUUAGAUACACUUUGGGAACUUGCUCGUGUUCCCGCUCUACCCCCAAGAUUGGUGCAUCAGGCUAUGAAUGAGCACUUGGUCAUUCUUAAUAAAUCAGCAACAAGGGAUCAGCUCCGCAAAACAUACAUUGUUCGUUGUGUAGAGGACAUCAAAAGAAGCCCAGCUGUAUAUUUACCUCUCAAGCAACUUCAUUACUUGGCUCAGUCUAUUACCAAAGGGGGUGGAGCUUCAUAUUUUAAAACAGAAAAAGCAACUUUGUCAGAAUUAAAUCGCAGUCAUGAAAUUGUGAAGCUAAUAACACAAAGUCUUGCAAAGUGUCAUGCUUUAGCUGUCAAUACAAGUGGGCAGCAACCACCACCACCUUCAACCCUCAUAGAUGGCAAAUAUACCCAUGAUGAUUAUAUGAAGGUGCACUUGGAAUUUUUACAGUUUUUAUUGAAGGAAGGUGAUAUUUAUCUUGCUUGGGCAAGAUGCAAAGACAUCUGGGACACGCUUGUGGGUAAUCCUAAAGCUUCUGGUCAUGAUAAGGAGGUCAGUACCUCUUUGGAUGCUGAGACUUGCUUCACAUGGUUCAGUGGUUGCUUGGGAGAUCUUGAGUUCAGCACUCAGAGAGAUUUGUUCUGUGAAAAACUGCUACGACUUGAUCCAACCUCCAUAACUCGUUCAGCAUUCACAUGCUUUGUGGAUUAUUUUUAUGCCGUGAAUGUGAAUGACCAUAAAUUCGUGAGAAGUGGGAACACAGUGAUUGUUGACAAAUUGGAGCCACUUGGAAUGGAAUUUAUUUGGCAGUUGGUUCUUGAGUGUGUAGAUGAACAACUUGCUGAAGAUGCCAUUAAACUUUUGCUAGACAUGUCAUACAUGUCUUUAUCCAUUCGACUGAGACGUGACCCUCCACAACUUCAUAGCAAGUUUAUAUCAGAGUGCUACAAGAAGUUAGAGAAAUCUAUGUUACGUGUCAAUGAAACUGCUGUUGGUGCUGCUGUGUCCACUGCCACAAAAACCCUUACUGCCAUGGCUGUAUCAGAUAUUGGGGCUCUGCCUGCUGCUUCCAAAAGUAGCUGUAUGCAGCACAUUCGAAGAGUUUUAGUUUUAGCUGAACGUUAUAUAAGUAGUAUCGAGGAACUGCACCCUGGAUCUCGUUCACUACCACCUCAUGGAACUUCCUUCACUGGCACUCCUGUCAUUUUAACUGUCACUUGUGAUUCCAACAAAAUGGAUGUCAAGUUAGAGUGCCAUAGUAACGAGCGAAUUGGUUUGGUAAGAGGGAAAAUUGCCAGUCAUGCACGUGUAUCCAUUGACCAAGUUCAAACUCUAACAUUUGGAGAGGGAUGUAAUGGAGCUUUAGUCAAUGGUGCUGAACAGGAUAAUCGCUUACUUCACCACCUGGGAAUCUUCUCAAACACAUGUGUUCUGGCUAAAAUAAACUUAACUGGUACUGCACAGUUAAAAGAGGUUAGUGACAAUUGGGAUGAACUUCCUGGCACAGCAAGCUACACUGACACUCCAGAAGCCUCAAGCUCAGAUGGUGCUAGCGGGAGUGGAGCUUCAGGAGGUGCUUCUCGACUUAGUGGGGGAGCUGGUGCUGCAGCUGCUGUUGGUGAUGGUCAUGGUAGUCAGUAUAACCUUGAACAGGAAAAGCAGCUCCCUGGUGUUGUCAUGGCAAGUCAAGGGAGAGAUGUAUUUGCUAUGCUGUAUCAGUUGGCACAGCUAGAUGAGCCAAAGAUUGUAGAAGCAGUACGCCAUGUUCUGUACCUAAUUCCUACUGAUCCAACUGUUUCCAACAAAUUUGAUUCUAUCUGUACUGCUGGAACCAGUUCAGAUGCUAGUCCAAGAACAACACCUUAUGGGUCACCUGCCAAAAAAGACAAAAUUCGAGACAAAGAAAAAGACCGAGAAUCAGGCAAAGAAGUCUUGCGAUCUCUACUGGAUCCAAAUGCACCUGAUAUUACUCCUUUUAGAUUAUUGUAUAAUCUUGAGGUUCUGUCUGGAAAAAUAAUGCCCAUUGCAUCAGAUGGCACUGUGAAUGGCAAUGCCCACUUCUGUGAAGAGUUUUUAUUGUGUGGAGGCUUGAGUCUCAUUUCAACACUUUUACAAAGAGACUCAUUGCCACAAGAAGUUGAUUAUGAGAUCCGCCAAAAUGUAUAUCUCAUCGCUUUGCAGAUAUUAAGAUACGUUUUAUGUGGAGCAGCUAUUAGGGGACAGGAAUUACCUGUCAGUAGUCUUCAGCCACAUCCAGGGCCACCAAAGAGAUCUGCUCUUGAUUCAUCAGCCCAGGCUUAUCCCUCUUUUCCAUCCAUGUCUUUCAUGCCUGUAAUUGCCAACAGGAUAGUUUCGGAGCUGAGUUCUGAGGAAUGGUCUGAGCUAGUGUCAAGCCUGAUGAGAGUGUCAUGGGCUGGCGCUGCUGGGAAACUGUACCUAUCUUCUGCUGUUCUGACUGUCCGUGACCCUGCACUUUCUCCCCCAGAUAGUAAAUCAUCAAGGCAGAGUAGCACAGGAAGUACCCACAGCUCAAGCAGUGACAGUGAAGGUGUCCUCCAAGGUGGAGUGUGUGUACAGCAGGCUACUAUACCUCCCAUUGACUCUCUAAUUGCCUCACAGGCACUUUAUAUGCUAAUAGCAUGCCUGAGAUUCCGUCCACAACUUUUAGAACGUUGGUAUGGCAUGGUUAGCGUAAAAGAUUUCAUCAUAGAGGUGCUUGUUGGCUGCAGUUGUGAGGAGGUGCGUCAAGUUGCUUACCAACAGCUCACAAAUCUCAUUAAACUCUCCACAACAGCAUCAGUGCAACCCAGUCAUUUUCUUACUCAGGUGUUAUUAAAGGCACCACUGCCAUUAUGGGUUACUUCUACCAGUGCUCGGGGUGCAACUCUCCGUCUUUUGUCCCAGUGUACUCAGUAUUUCAAUCUCAGGUCAAAACUGCUAUCAAGACUGUGUAGCAGUGAACAAGAAUGCCUUGGCAUUAAUGCUGUGCAGAUGCUUGAGGAUGAAACAGGUUGGUUAACAAACUUCACAGCUACAAGAGAAGCCUCUCGGGAACGACCAGAGUCUGGCAUUGCAUCCUUGCGUCAUGCGGACAAUAUUUUGUUAGCAGGACACUUAACAUUAAUCUCUGCUCUACUGACCUGUGAAGGAGUCAACAAGGAAGAAAAUGGUGCUUCUCUAAUUCCUCUUCUUAUAACUGAGUAUUUGUUUCCUGCAUCAAAGCUGGUGCUGGAAACCAAUCCAGAACAAGAUUCUCUUAGUGCUAGCAGAAAUUAUUGGGCAAAAUGUACUGGAAGAGAAUCAAGAAUUGCUGCAUAUGAACUUCUUGUACAUUUGGUGACUAACUCAGAGCAAAAUAUGACCACUCUAAGCAGCCAGCUUGUCUCUCUGCAUCAUACAUUUAAUCCCAACUUCAUUAAGGAAUAUGAGUAUGCACCUGCAGUUGAUGGAAGAUGUGCCAGUGGAUAUGUUGGACUAAAAAAUGGAGGUGCAACAUGUUAUAUGAAUUCCGUCCUUCAGCAGUUGUUCAUGGUGCAAGGAGUACCUGAAGACAUUUUGGGUGUUACUAGUGAGGAAGAGAAUGAAGACAGCUUGUUUUACCAGCUGCAAACAGUAUUUGGCCAUUUAAUGGAAUCACAGUUACAGUAUUAUGUACCAGACCAAUUUUGGAAGUGCUUUAGAAUGGAUGGUCAGCCAGUCAAUGUUCGAGAACAACAGGAUGCAUUUGAGUUUUAUACAAGGCUGACAGAACAAGUUGAUGAGUAUCUCAAAAGUAAAGGACAAGAGAGCGUCUUUGCAAGAAGAUUUGAAGGUGUAUACUCUAUCCAGAGAAUAUGUCAAGAUUGUCCCCAUAGGUACGAACGUGAAGAACCUUUCUUAGCUCUGAACUUGACUGUCACAAAAUGCCAUGAUCUCCAAGAUUCUUUGGAUCAGUUUGUUAAAGGGGAACUUCUGGAAGGUGAUAAUGCAUACUAUUGUGAAAAGUGCAAUCAGAAGAGGACAGCCUUAAUAAGGACAUGUGUGAAGACUCUACCACCUGUACUAGUCAUUCAGCUGAAGAGGUUUGGGUAUGAUUGGGAAGCAUCAAGAGCUCUUAAAUUUGAUGAUUACUUCAAGUUUCCAUGGGCCCUUGAUAUGGGUAUGUAUACAGCAGAUGGUAUAGCUGAACAAGAAGAUGAUCCAGGUGGAGGUAGUGAAAGAGACAGGACUGUAACACCUCCGCUUGAUCAUAAUGACAUUGUUAACUCUUCAAAGUUAUUAAGUUCACAGUCCCCUCUUUCCUCUCAUACACCAUCAAAAUCCAGCAAAUCUUCUAGUACUGGUUCUCCUCACACACCAAGAAUAAAUAGCCGGGUACGUCAUAGAGGAAUCAUCUAUGAAUUGGUCGGUGUCAUUGUACAUAGUGGGCAAGCAAGUGCUGGUCAUUAUUAUUCCUACAUAAAAGAUCGAAGAGGAGACCCAUUAACCAAUCCCAACAAAGGUCGCUGGUUCAAGUUCAAUGACACCACUGUGGAACCUGUUGAAAUGACUGACUCUCUCCUAGAGCAAGAGUGUUUUGGUGGGACUUACAAAGCAAAGGUUUCAUAUGAUUCGUCUAAUCCACUCCCAGAAGAUCGACUUAGGUAUUGGAAUGGUUACAUGUUAGUGUAUGAUAGUACUGAUGACAGAGUCAACACACCAAAGACUCCAAAAACACCAAGAGUGGGUGUUACUUCAAAGUCUUUCAGGGCUUCAACCAGCAGUGCUAGAAAAAGCUUGUCUAUGACUGGAGGCAGCAUUGAAAGAAGAGCAAGAACAAGCUUGUGUGAGUUAACUCAUCUUCUUCAGCAAGGAGAGAGACAGGGAAUGUUCAGAGAACACAUGCCACCCAGAAUACUAUCAGCAAUAAUGCAGGAAAAUCUUACUUUCUUGAAAAAUCGAGAUGUAUAUUCACCAGAUUAUUAUGCUUUCAUACAUCAGUUGUGUUCUACAAACUUGGAAAAGAGUGAAAAUAAAAAGGAUGGCACCAUGAGUGUUCAGGCUGUUUGCCUUGGUUUAAACUUCCUACUCAAUACAUAUCUGCGAACAAAGGAUAAAGAGGAAAGCACUGUUCUUCAGUGGGGCCAACUUCUUUUAUCACUUUUACAACAUUCUCGAGAAGUAUGCGGUUGGGUUGUAAAUUAUUUCAUGAGUGAGGAUGGAGCAGCUCAUUUAGGUCCUCUCCUGUUGGAAUGUCCAGAUAAAUUAGUACGAUGCCAUUUCAGCAUUUUACUUGGAAACAUUUUCAAGUGUGAGUUUGAGCACUCUGGUAGUGUGACAAGUGUUGAACAACUUGUGAAGCAUGUGCUAUCUCUUCUAGCCUCAGAUGUUCCUGCUGCAGUGAAGACAUCAUACCAGUACUUCAGUCUCCUCUUCAGUUAUGUUCAGCAGGGUUUUGCUCAAGCCCACCAAAUUUUAAGACUUGGAGGUUUCUCAGCACUCAUCAACUUCUUAUUGGGUCCACCUGAGUCUGAUAAGCGCCGAUGGUCUUCCGUCCAAGCACAAGAUUUUGGUCCUUUGCAUUGUACCAUUGCUACCAUAAUCUCAUCUUGUGAUAUGACACCAUAUCAGACAUCAGGCACUCACUCAGAUUCCAAGGAAGAGGAGAAACAAGGAAAGCUUGAAAUGCCAGAGGCAGUAGCUCAAGUUUUGUAUGGCAGUGACCAGUCUCGCUGGAUGAGAGAAGCUGUUGUAGCAUACAGAGAGGUCACUACUAGCAUACCAAGUGUUACAAAUGCUUUAAAGGAGGCAGCCACUGAAAACUCAUCAUUUACAAAUGCUUUAAUAACAACAGUUAUGACUGAAUAUGCCAGUAAAGCUCCAUCCAAUAUGUUGAAGGAACUGUCACAGUUACUACUUGAAAUAUUGAAUAUAAAGGAUUCUCUAAAGUCAAAUCGUACCAAUGCUAUUCUUGAGGGUCUUGUAACUGCAGAUGGUGAACAAGUAAUGGGUUUAUUAGAUAUCAUUGAAAGCAACAAGGACAGUGAUAGCAGAAGAGCCUACCAGUGCAUUAAACUGGUGGUAAUGCUAUCAGCCCGUUGUUCUAUUGCAAGAGACCUUCUGACAAGUACUCAAGCUAGAUGGCAAUGGGCUGUUGAAUGGCUCCGUGGAAGAAUGGAUGACCAUUCAGUUACUGUUUCAACCACCACAGGAUUGAGCAAUGAAGAUUCUAGCACAAAGAAUUUCCAGAGAACUACCAGUGCCCAGUUAACCUUAGAGGAAGCGACAGCAUUAUUGAGUGAAUUGGAAUCUACAGAAAUGGAGAUUGACUGUGAUGCUCCAGAAUUAGGAGAUAUAAAAGAAAGCACCUGUGAACGUGAAAUAUCUCCGUCCCAAGACUUAGAUGCCAUUGACCCUUGAAUAGUUAAUACUAACCAAAGACAAUUUAAGUAAUUGCUCGGUAAUAAAACUAUGGAAAUAGUACUUGUUUUUAACCUGGUUUCAGUUAAAUGUUUUACGUUGUCCUUUGUAAUUGCUGUUACUUAAAUUUGCUUAAAUCAUGAAUCGAAAGAAAAAUAGUAGUAUUCAUCUAUGUAUUUGAUUACUUUGUUUGGCUUAAGGAUUUCUUAGUCUCACUAAAACCAAAAGUGCCAUACUUUUGAUAAUUAUUUGAAAUAUUGUAUUGUCAUUGAAAGUACAAAACUAACCAAACUGUUAGUAACUGCACUUAAAUGUUUGAAGAUGUUAAUGUUUAUAAUUUUUAUGCAUUCAUUGUAAGUCCUUUCCCGAUGCUAUGGGAGUUGUCAGCAAGAGGUUUUAUCUGUGAUUAUAUUAUGACCUCAUCAGACGUUUCUGGUAUUCAUAAAUAACAUAGACCAGCAAUUAUGCCUAAGAUUGACCAAGUUGACAUUGUUCCUAGAAAAUAUUUAUUAUCAGUGCAUUUCUUAUCUCAUUUACUGGUGUACUGUACAUCACCAAGAUAAGCAUAGAGUAUUAUGAUGGUGCAGUUGCAACUCAAAAACACAUAUCAUGAAUUCAAUAACUGUUCUUACACAUUUCAUAACCUUGCAGUCUAAUUUCUGAUUUUAUAUUAUGUAACAGUGAAAUACUGUAUUCUAUUUUUGCAAAAAUAAAUUUAGCAUAAAGUGGCAUUUAACAGUACUGAUAAUUAGAAAGUGCAUCACGUUUUUUCAAUGCCAACAUUGUUGCCAUUUUUCCAUUGUAGUUUACCAAAAAUAAAAUGCACACCUUAACCAUAUGCUCUUAGAAAAGUUAGAUUUUAUUUGACACAGAGUACUGUAGCAUUAGAGAGGUUUUUGAUGUCAUUCCCAUAUGGCACCAGUACAUAUUGGUUGCUUCCAGUUUCAUAAGGAUAAUUUUGCAGUAUAAUUACAGUGGUUUUGUAUCAUCAUAAGAAGGGAAGAAAAUAUGCUUCAUCCCAUUUAAUUAUUAACAUAGGACAGUAUUUAUUCAUACAUGCCACUUCCCAACUGGUGCUGUUAUUGAAAGUUACACAUUUCUGUAUUAUACUAACUUGACUUUAAAGAUGUCAAACUUCACAUCAUAUGGAAGUUAUGUAAUUUUUGGGAAUGAUCAGCAAAUCCCUUUGAUGCACUUUGCAGUUGGUAGUAAUACUGGAGUCCAACUAAAAUAUAUGAAUGUCAAGUUUUUUGUAAAUUCGGUAGCUUCUCUUCUGUUAUACAGUUAAAUUUUAUCAUAUUCAGAAGAACUUCUGUUGUCAUUACUGUACUUAAGGAAUGGAAAUAACAAUUGUUAAUUUUUAUUGACUUGUAUGUGUAACUUUAAUGUAAACAAGUCAUUUUUAUCAAAAGCUUCUGAAAUUUGUGCUUGCAUAGCACAUUUGUGUACUGUACAUACUGUUUCAAAUGUUUCUAACCUUGGUAUAUUAUGUAAUGUACAUUGCAUCAUGAAGAUAUUGUUGAGAAUUUUGAAGAGGAAUGGGUUAAGAAAGGUUUGUGUAAACUUGAAAUCAUGCUCAUUUGGUGGUAUUGCGUAUAUGCCUUUAAUCAGAACAGUAGCUUUUAGAAACUUUGAGGGAGCUAAUAACUUUUUAUGAUACUGUGUGAUUGGCUCUUAAUAUCAAUAACAGCUUCAGUAGCAUCCCAUUAGUUUUUAUUUAAUUAUCUAGUUUUAUUCACUAUUUUUCUAAGUAUUUAUUUGUAGGUGUUUUUCAAGACUUGAAGCUUAUAUGUUUCUGAUGGUUCUGCUGUACCCAGAGGAAUUCAGAUAAUUAGAAUUUAUUAUUUAUUUUUAUUUUCAUAAGCAAACUUUAAGAAUAUUCUAACCUCAAUUAAUUGUUACCACUCAUGUAAUGUGCCUAUACGUACAGGGAGUUCCUGGUUAAUGGUGGCAUUAGUGAACAGCAUUUUGGUUUUAGGGCGCUUGGCUAACAUCGAUGUUAACCUGAUUUUCCUGUGCCAUUAAGCAGUUUAUUGGCAGGAAUAAACCGCUUAACAGUGUCAUUAACUUGUUAACGGUGCUGUUAAGUCGUUCAUAGGCACUGUCAGUGCUGUAAAUGCCAUUUAUUUGGAUAACAGUGAUUUUUGGUUACCGGCACUCAGCAGAUAACUGAACCCCAGCCGUUAACUGGGGACUGCCUGUAUAUUGAUUUAGCUUCCUUUAUUUCAUAAUUUCACUUUGAAGACAAUUAAUAGAUUGCAUUCAGUUAAAGCUGUGUAAAAGUAUAAUAUAUUAAUUUUAAGAUAGCUGUAUUUGAUCAUAGAAUUAAAAAAAGGAUUAUAAACUAUGAGCCUAUAGUAAUUAUGCUUUAAUUAUGAACAAAUGCAGUUGAUGCAUGGACUUUCUGUCCCUGUCCCAUAUUGUAAAGAAAAUGUGAGUCCUAAAGUUGGUUGGAAUCAAACUGUUGGUGAUGUUUAAUUUCCAGGUUUUGCGUUUGUAUGCUAUGUGAAGCUGUUACCACUUUUUGCUGUAAUGUACUGUAAAUAGAUUAGCAUUCCCUUCAAAGUGAUUCAUUGCAUGAGCUAGUUGCAUACUAGUUUUAAUUGAUAAACCAUUAAAUCACUUUCUUCAAGUGCAGGAGAGCACAAUACAUUCAUAAUAUUUUCAUAUUGCUUCUCAUUAGAAUAGAAGUGCUAGUGUUGUUGUAAACUUUCAUUUUUUCUUUUGGUGUUUAAAUCUUUACAGGAUUUCAAAAUGUACACUCAUUAUAACAAAUUUGCAUCAUUCAUUUUACUAAUUCAGAUAUACGUAUAUUUGUAAAUAGAGUUUACUCAAUAAGUCAUCCUAAAGGUACAUGGCUUCAUGUUUGUACUAUGAAAAGCUUUAGUAUUAUUGUCGGUUGUUAUUGUUCCUUGAGCAGUCAAGAAAUUUUUGCCGAAGUCCAUAAAAAUUGUUGAUUUUAGCAGUUUCAGCCCAUUGUACCAGAACACUUUACAAAUGUAUUCUUACUUGUGCUGCAACAUACAGAUAACGGCAGAUGAAUCACAUGCAGAGUAUCCUUUUGAGGCAAGAAGUGGUUGUUAACAUUUGGUAAGACCUCCUGCUAAGGGAUCCCUGCUUUACCUGUUCAUAUCAUGAAAAGCAUGAGCAGUCAAAAAAUUAUUACAAAAGUCUAUAAAAAUUGUUGAUAUUGGCAGUUGUAACUCGCAGAACAUUUAGCAAGUCUGUAUUCUUACUUGUGUUUCAACACCUAGUCAAGGGCAGAUGAAUAACAUGCAGAUCAUCCAUUUGAGCCAAGAAAGAGGUGGUUUACAAUAGACAACACCUCCUGUGAAGGGGUCCCCUGCCACACCUGUCAAACUCAAACUAUCGUGUUUCAAUUUCUGUAGGAAAUUAAAACUUGUACAAUUACUUGUAUACUAUGGCAUUUUUGUGAUCUUCAGUUUAUCCUUAUUCAAGUAUACUUUGUAUUGGGUAUGCUGUUUACUGUGGUAUGAUCUUCAUUGGGUAUGCUUUCAUGCUUUUUGAGUCUUCCUUGUUGCAGUUAUCAGCGAGCUUGAAUUUUAACGUCAAUGAGGUCAGGUUUUCCAUGUUAACAGAUGCAGUGGUACCUCAACUUAUCUCAAUUCAUUGAUGCUCAGAUCCAAAUCUGGUAAAAAUAAAACUCUUAUUUUGUCACUGAUGGAAGAAUCCACCAAGUAUACAUGAUUUAUCAGAUGGUGUAAUAAACACACAACCAACUCUUAACUGUUUUAAGCCUGUGAGUGUGAGUCCUUUUGUUUCCAGGAUAAGUGGCCCAUCACUGUUUACACAUUCAAGUCAGUAAUUCUAUAUCUGUUAUCAGUCUUGUAAAGAACUUGUGAUGUAUCUAUGCAAUCUUUUGAGUUUUUGCUUUGACUUGUAAAUGACGUCCAAUUAUUUUUUUCUCGUGCUGUAAGUCACAACUACAGUGAACAGUAUAGUUACUUAAUGUAAUGUACUUACAGUAAAUUGUUAAAUUAUAUUAAUUUUUAAAAAGUGAAAAUGCCCCUCUGUUCAUCUUGCAGUCAGAAAUUCUGAGAAAUAAAGAGCUAUUGCAAGUAUAUAAAUACUGUGAUUUGCACUAGUGUGAUGCCUACUCAAAAAUAUAAUUACUCAUGAUUUAUUUUAGUGGCAGUGCCAUGUUUUGUCUUGUGCAAGCAUAUUCUCUGAAAUUAAAGGAUUUGUGUUUGAAAAGAAGUGUAAUGGCACUCAUAUGUGUUCUACAGAACAAGAAAUCAUUAUCAAUUAAACUUACAAAAACAGGCCAAGUGAAUGUUUUCAGGUGAUUGCACCAUACUCCUUUUGUCGUAUUGUUGAAGUAUAAGCUCUCAAAUUCUAAGAUUUGUGAUAACUAGAUAUGUAAUUGUAAAGGUAUGUUCAAAGUAGAAUAGGAUAGUAGUAGCUGAACAUUCAAAACCAGUUAUAUGUUGUAAAUAUUUAUUUUAAGUGAGUGCACCUUUUUCUUUUUAGUAAUGUAUAAGGUUAAAGAAUAUUUUUUCCCAAAGUUAAUUUUAAAGAGUAUUUUUCCCCAGGUUAAUUUUAUCCUUUGAAUGUACACCUUUGAAGUUUGAGGAUUCACAUGACAAGCAACAUGUAAUGUUUUUGUCUUUCAGAAAGUUAUUUUAUCAUAUGCAUCACGACUUGUAUCAUUGAUGAGUGGAAGCAAAAGCUGAAGCAUUAAUCAACUUCCCAUUAGUCAGAUUUUAUAAACAAUUAAAAAAAAAAGGGGACUUUUGCUCAGGUGUGUGAACAUUUCAACUCAGCAAGGAAAUGGUGAGCAACAUACAAGGAGCCAAAGAGGUUCUACAGCUUUGCCAAGAAAUAUAGUACUAAUGCAUUGUAAGAACAGUUGUUAUGGCAGCACAAAAGGCAGUGUGCCAUAAUAAAAAUUGAAAACAUGAGUAAGCUGCAUAUAUGUAGAAUUUCAAAAGAAAAGUAUGGGCUUGGUAAUAAGAGGGACUAAGAUAAAAGACUGACAUCCAAAGUUGCCAAAAAAAUUAAAAAGCUAAUUAUUCAUGCCUCUGCUGCAUGGUUAUGGUAUCUAUCUCUGUACCCAUGCGUAGCCACCAUGGAUUACAUAACAGGAGAGUAGUUGGAGAGAGCAAGUGCACCUACAUUUUAUGCUGUCCCUGCACAAAUUUACAACUUUCAUGAGUGGCCUGUUUUGGAAUUCCCCUAACAAAAAACCCAAGUGAUGAUUCUGGCCAUUUUGCCAACAUGAUGGCUCUCAUCAUCUCAAACCCUGUAUAUUGCUGGAACUGCCACAGGACCAGAGGACUACGAAGGACAUGAUGCAUCCCUGCUGAUCCCUCAUUUGUCAAAGAAAACAAGAGUUACAAUGAAAAUUAUUGUCUUAUUUCUUUGAUCAUGCACUCAGGGACAUAAUACACCAUUAAGAAACUUUAUUGAAAAUCCAUCCAGACUAUGAGGGCUCUAUAACUGAUGCAUAACAAAGGGGAAUAGGACAAAAGGUACUUUCCUCCCGCCGACAAAAUAAUGUAUUGACCAGGUUGUAAUUUAGGCCAUCAAAAGGCCGUAACAAACAAUUGUUUUUUUUUAAUGAAGUAAUAGUAGUUCUGGAAUAUGAAGAUUCUGAAAGUGAAGAAGACAACAAUUCAAAUUGAUACAGCCUGCUGUUUGCUAUACUUCAUUAAGCAUUGAGCUGUGCAUGAGUCAGCUGAUGAAAUGGAGGAUGUCACUGAGAAACCAAAUAUACAUCAACAAAACUCUCAAGAUACAAUCAGAUCUAUUGAUAGUGAUGCACUUUUGAGUAAACCUACCCCAUUAAAUCAGGAAGCUGUUAUGUAUUAUGGGUCCUUAUGGGAAUUACCCAAUGUAAUUUUUCCAGCCUAUCUGCUCUGGUAUCCUCCCCACUUGUGCAAUUUCGUCGUCAUGAGUUUUUAAAACAUUAUUGUUUACUACGUUACAAGUGGAAUCUGGUUAUUCUGACUUGGGCAAAAAUGCUCCAAGUCACUACAACCACAUUGGGGCUUUAUUGUGCUUUACAUCAUCAUUCUCAAGAAUUUUGUUACAUACUUAGCUGGAGGCCAGAGUCUUGACCUAUUGGAUAAAUUGAGGUACCACUUUUGUCAGGCUGUUUCAUAAUAUCUUGCUUGUGUUUCUCUCUGUCAUGAGUAUAUACAUGUGCUAUUUUGUGAGUAGUAUAUCACAGUUCAAUGUAGGCUAGUCUAGACUAUAGGUUUAUCACAGGUGCAUACUGUAACUAGUACGUAAUCCUUUCUUUUGACUGAUUUACUGCCUUGAACUUACUAGUAGUCUAGUCCUUAGAUAAAUUCUCACUAGAGCCUAUUGUGGCAAUAUGUAGUGUGAUUACUGUGACUCCCCUCCCCCCAGGGGCCCCUGGUCUCAUCAAGUUUUUUGGUGGAAAUGUGAGGGGUGGUGGUAAGGAUGGUACCUGUUCAUUCAUCCCAUCUUCAUGUGAUCAUUUGUACCAGUAGUAACUCAGCCUGAAUGAAGACCGGUAAGUACACUACAAGCUCCUGUUCUGUGGGUGUUACAAUGAGAUCCUUGGGCCUUCCUGAUGGUACCUCCUCCUCAGAGGAGUUCUGGGUUUUUCAGAAUUACCAAUAUAGUGCCUCCCACUAGCAUUGGCGGAAGUGCAUACUUGGGUUGUUGGUCAUCUGCUAAAGGCAAGAGAGGAGCACUCUUAUGCCUCUCCUCAGCCUAUUAGCGUGAUGCACCUUUCAGACACACUAGGACACUACCUCUUUUAGGCAAUACCUCCAACCUAAUUAGUGAGUCUCCAGAUAUGACAGGUGAUAGGUUUGUGUCCCCAAAGGAACAAAUACCAAAUUUUUAAAGUAAUUUAUAUUUUCCAAAGUUAUACAAACCAUACCCUUUCUACUUUCUAUAUUGGAAAAAACCUUCCUCUGCCUUCCCACUUCAGCUAUUAGUACAUAGCUUGUGACAAAGUCCAUUGAGGUAAAUCAGGUUAAGGGGCAUAUCCUCCCCCCAACUUCAUGGGUAUCUUCAUUGUUUGUUAGUACAUGGGCUAGGUCCAGCUCAUGUUCAAAAGAUACUCCAGAUAUGAAAGGUCAAGGUUUGUAUACCUAGGAAAAACACAAAUUACUUAAAAAAAUUCGGUAUAUUUUAGGAAAAUUUAUUUAAUGGACUGUUUUCGUGGUGCUAAAAUAAUUUUCAGUGCCUAAGUAUUAGUAUGUUAGGGGUUUGUUGACCAGGAACAUGUUUUCUGAGGUUAGGCUAUGUACCUCGACAAGCUUAGGGCGACUUGAGGUAGAUUAGCCUUCACUUGGGAUUUAUAUUAAAUCGACCUUUCUAAAUUGUGGUUAAUACCUUAAUCUAUGUUGAUCAGUAGUUGGUUAUCAUGACAACCAUCCUAAACUGAUAAUUGGAUCAUUACAGUACUGUAUGGGUGUACUUGAAGGAAAUAUAUGUUAAUGGUUAAGCUCUCUUGGUAAUACAGUACAUUGUAGUAUAGUGCUUUCUUCUUUGUCUUUGUGGUUUUAUUGACUGGCAAUGUAUGCAUGGCAAAUUUACAUCAAGGUACGUAGUGUAGACUGUUUAGAUCUGUCAAGGAGGAUCCGAGGGUACAAGGAAUUUGUUUUGCCACUAUUAUGCAGCUUAUGGUAAAGUGAUAAGUUUUUGGGUGGGAGGGGAUGUAUAAAGCAAACACAUGCAUUUCAAACCUGUGCAAUGGUAAUUUCAGACUCAAGAAGAGCUGGUGAAUAGAGUUUCAUGAUUAAGAAGGUAUAAUCUUCAAAUUAUGUUUGUAGUGGUUUUCAUUGUGCCCCAUUCCUUCUCCCAAGGUACACUUUUUUGCCAUUACAUUUUGUCCGUUCUAUGUAUUUGGCCUCUUGUUACCUACCUUGAGUCCAAAUUUUACCUCUCGGUUAAACCUUCUUUCAUAGGCAACAGGAUUAUCACUUCCAUUACACAACUUUUUACCUUUAGAGUGCAUCCCAGUUAAUAUGUAUAGGUCACAAUUCUCUUUCCUUACUAAAAAUGAGAUCAUAUUGUCUAGUCUUCUUUUUGGCCACUCCACUUGUAAUGGUAGUUCUUGCCAUGAGCGAAAGGCCAAGUUGUUUCAAAGACAUGACAGACUUGGUAUUUCUUCUCUACAUUGGUUCAAUUUUUAUUUGACAGAACUCAUUAACACCACCAGUGAAUGGGUAAGAGGAUGAUGUAGAUUUUUGUGUGACUCAGUUUGGUCCCACUGGUCACUGUAGAAAAGAGUGGAUUGAAAUAAGGAACUUCUUGCAGUUUUCACCUAAAGCACUGCCUGGGUACUGACCACAACACCAGAUUCUAUAUGUACACACAGUCUGGAAAAAUUUUAAUUAUAUGAUAGCCACUCUUGCAGGUUAUAUUUUUUCAUCACUGCUGGUAACAUGGUAGGAAUGCCUGUUUUUGUGCUUAUGAGAAUUCAUUGAAGUAACAAGUUGUUGAUCAAGGUUCAGGAUAUUACGUCUUACUAAGAGGCUACAGCAGAUAAUACGGAAACCUAGACAGUGAUUUUGAAAGCAGACCAGUAAGACUGUAGCAAUUGCAUUUGACUGGUUCACCUACAUGGCUUACACCAUGAAGCUCACAUAGUUGUAAUGGAGUUGGAUGCAAACCCUUGUAAGGCACAAUCAGCAAAAAUUAGGAACAAUUUAGGUGUGUAUGCAAUAACUUGCAUGAAUGUUUAAGCUUCAGCCAUCAAAUUACUGAAAAAGGCUUGUCUAUUUUAUUACUUAAUACAACUUGAUUCCUUGAAUACCAAGUUCUAUUGGCUUUGUGGAAUAUUCAGACAUGCAUAAUAGUAGUUUGAUCAGAUUAAGCAUCCAUUUAAUUUAGCAAGUUUCAUAGGGUAUACUUCCUUUCAAGUGAAAACUUUGGAAUUGGAAGGUCUUAAAUCCAUACGAAGAAUUCUUGGGAUCCAUAGAUCACAUAUGGCAGUCGCUACAUUAUCAUUCAUAACUAUGAAACAUAAACCUCAACGAUAUAAGUGUGUAUAGGCCAUGUGUUUCUGCUCUCACAUGGGCUGUUAGGUAUUUAUCAAGGUGAUUACUACAGUUAAAAACAGUUCCAAUUAAAAGGCCUAUGGAUGAGUAAUUAUUUUGAUGAUGAUCUGAUCUUUGUAUCCUCUAAGCUGAAGAACUAAAGCUUCCUUUAAAUCCAGAAGUACAGCCCUCUCAUUGUAUAACAUUCUACGGCCCCAAAAUAAAUGACAUGAAAAAAAAUUUUUUUUUUAGACUUGCCCAGCUGAUUCCUUUGAUUUUAAAGGCAUCUUCUAAAAAUAAUGUGGCAGGAUUAAUUUGUAUAUGAAAAAAACUAGUACUCUUGAUAACUUAAAAGCAAAAUAUGUUUCUGUAGACAUAUUACAAAAGGCUAGGGAGUACGUAUUAAAGCACAAAAGAUAUGUGAUUGCAGAGAAAGAGGACCUCUAUACUUGAUAGAGAAUUCCUUACAGACUUGAUAGAGAAUUCCUUACAGUCAAAAACUGUAUUUUUAUGAAGCUAUAACUACAGCUGGCAAUUCCUAUGAUAUCACACAACCUCAAGUCUCUUGCGUAACCAAAAAACCAGAAAGGUACAAGAUUGUAGAAAAUAUUUUGGCUUACGGGUCUGUCUAACUAAAUUUAUAUGAUUAUUUAUUUACCAGACUAGGAAGCUUAUGUACACAAUGAGAUUCCUUUGCAGGCUGAUGCAGUGCUUCUCUCUCCAAAGUGCGAAAGUGGAUUUAGAAAGGGGGAUGAAGAAGCUUGGAAGACUGUUAAUCCUCAUCAUCACCAGGACAAUCUGGAGAUGUAGUAUUUCUAAAUGAAAAGAGAAGAGAAGAUAAUCGUAAGUUGCACCAUUGUAUUCCCAACAAACAUGGGUCAGUGACUUGUCCUUCACCAACCAUUUACCCAGAAGAAUUAUGGUUUAGCUCAAAAUCCUGCAUUCUCUGGUGCACCAAGUAUUGAGGAGUAGACUUCAAAUCCCAUCAACCUUGAGGAAUUUUUUAUAAACUUCAGGAAAGCUACCUAGUCCAGGUGUUAACUACCAAAGUGGGACUUGGCCCUAAUUGCACAGAACCAUUAAAGAGAAGCUCCUUUUGUAAACACCUUUGUAAAUUUCCUUGUACUCUGGCAUUUUCAAUAAGAAAGAUAGUGGAUGAUCUGCAUGAACAUUUUAUCUGAAGUAGCCCAUACAAGCUCUAGGAGAGCUGCUAAUCAGCUCAGUGGUCUGAUUAAACUACUAUAUACUUAACGUAUUCAUCACCAGGAAUAGGUUCCUGGUCGGGGGAUGACUAACAAUAGUAAUCCUCUUGAUAUUUUUUGUUCCUCUUGCAAAUGAGAUGAUAAGUAUUCUUCAAGGACUAUCAUUUGUUUGAGGAGGAACAACACUAAAGUCAGCGCGCAUGAAGUAACAACAUUCUCCAUCUAUAAAUUUUUCUCACAUUAAGUCUGAGAGUACCUGUUUAACCUUGUGCAUUUCAACAUGCUUUAAUCCAGUUUUAGCAUCAUAAGUUUCUUUGUGGCUUUUCAAAGACAAGAGUACCAUAGAACAAGAUCAUGUUUUAAGAUAUGAAAGAAAUAAUUUCAGGUGACCACAUAUGUAAAUACACUUGUCUGUUAGUAACUUGGUGAUGUUCAGUUGGAUGAAAUGUAGUUGAAUAACUAGAGAACAAAGUACAAUCUCAACAGUAGCCAUUUGGUAGAAGUCUGUAUUUCAAGAGGCUUAUAUUUUGUAGGCAUUAAAUUUCAAUACUUUUUGUAUAUAAUCCUAUCAUUUUUAAUUGUAUUUUAUUUUCAGCACCCUAGAUUGGGCCAUAGUUGACUGCAGGAAUGAAAAUGCUUGAUAUGGCAGAUAAAGAUCCCCCUAACAGAGGGAAGUCAGUCAAUCAUCAACAAAAACAACACCCACUACUAACCCCUAUUUUGCUAGUUUAGCAGUUUUUUAACUUUUGGUUCAUCUACCUGUUAUCAGGUUUUAAGGCAUAAGUAAUACUAUUAGAUUGCAUUUUCUGGAAGAAGAACAUUAAUUUUUCUCCAUAACUAUAUUUAAAGUGUAGGUAAUGGGAGUUUAUCAUCAAUAUUGCCAGUAUGGGUACAAAUGUACUAUACCUCAACUUACUGCAUCCCUGUGAAAACCAGAGAAGGCUAUUGAAAUAGGUAGCCUAUAAACUAAUUGUAAGAUAGUUACAAGGGCAAUCUCUCCAGGUAACUAAAAAGAAUUGAUAUUUUUAAUAACUUAUGUAGCUAAUGUGUGGUUUCAGAAACCAUAGCUUUUACAGGAAUAGUUUACAGAGAUUUUGCUACAUUUAUAGUAUGAUUUGUAGUCACUGCUUAUUGAAAUGCUCACAACUUUCCAUAGUGAACCAUGUUGUUUUUGUUUAUAUUUUAUCUGUUCUGUCAUCUUUGUGUAUGAAAUGUGACCAUGUGAAAUGUAGUUUUUUGUUGUCUGAAAUGCUCAUUAAUCUGUGAACUUGUUUUCUCUUUGAAGUCUCAUGCAGAGCAUUGAUAUUUUGUUUUAUUGUGACCUUUCCUAGUUUAUUAUUCAAGGCUUUCUUUUAAGGUUAAACAUCAGGAGAUACAUUUUAAGGCUUUUCUUACAGGAUAGGAUUGAAUUUAUGCCUAUGCAUUUACCAAUCUGUAGUUUUAUAAUACACAUUUCUGUGAUAAUGGAUCAAAUGUGCAUGGAAAUGCAAUGGUUUUUUAACUGCAUUUUUUUGUAGCAAUAUAUUGUUUUUAGGUUUGAGGUUCUGUACUGCCAGCUAGGCAAGUGUUCAGUAAACAAGUGCAAACCUUGCAUUGGUCUCAUAUGACAUGCUGUAUGUACCUUAUUCUUUUUACUGAACUAAAUAUUUGUGAUUAAUUACACAAUAGUCUUGCACAAAGUUGACUCGGUUUAUUGUUAUGUACUAUCGGCAGGAAAACUAAUGAUACAGUUUUCCUUAGCUUUUGUUCAUCGAAUUUCCAAUUUGUUUUUUACUGAGAAGACAUAAUCUCGCUAAAUUAACGUUCAGAUGCUUGAAAACACAAUAUAUGUCCGAAGUACAUAAUUGUAAUGAAAUUUCUCAGUGAUCUGGAAGAUAGUGGGUGAUAGUUGGUUGUGUUACUCCAUAUCACGACGAUAAUAUUUACUAGUUUUUCUCACUGAACAGGAUUAUUUUGCAUCAUCAUAAACGGUAAUGGUCAUUAUUUUAGUUUUCAUAAAUUUAUGUGUAUAUUCUUAAGCAUUUAAAGUUAGCUGGAGUCAAUGCGGUCAAUGUUGUGACGGCUAAUGUAGGUUUAACAAAUCUAAUAAAUCUGCAAGAGCAUUUUGUAUGAGGUGAGAAGGUGCCUGAGAACUUGUCAGGAAAGCACAAGAUGCUGGAUACUGGCUUACGUAACAAGCUUUCAUACUUUAAUGACUUUGAUGCUGACAUGGAUUGAAUGCUAGUAGUGGUUGUUUUCAAAGCCAUUGUGAUUAAAAGGAAAUCUUUAUUAAGGUUAAAGCAGCCUGUCAACUUGAAGAUUUCCUGGCUAUGCUCCCAUUACAAGCAGUUCAGAGUUAGCCAAUACAGCUGCAUUACUUUGCCGUGAGGCUGAAAGGUAUCCCAAUGCAUCAGCAUUUUUUUGCACGAUAUGGAACUUUCAUUGCCUCUGCAAUAGAUUUUUAGUUAUUUGUGUCAAUUAAUAUUUUUAUUUUAUGCACCUUUUUUGUGGAAGAAAAUAGAUAUUCAAAAGUAGAGACUAUUUGAAGAAAGCAAGAGUGACCAUAGCCUGAGGGUGAAAAUUUCUGCUGCUUUUUAUAUUCUGAAUGUUACAUUAACUGUGAAGGACAUCAAGAUUAGGGUAGGAGUUUCUUAAGGAAUUAACUUGAACACUAAGGUCCCUUCAAAUUUUAUAGUAUAGUGAGGAUCUUGGCAACCAAAUCAGUCUGUUUUCCAGGAAUCUGUGCACCCACUCACCGCUCUUUCCUGUCAUUUCUCAUUACAAGUCCACCACCAACACUAUAAUUAUCUCUCUUUCUCUCUGUCUCCACUUGUAGAACAUCCAUACUUUAAAAAUAUAUUAUUACUCAAUCUCACAGUAAAUAUAUGAAUUAAGUAGCUAUAAAUAGGCCUAUACUUUUACAUAAGCAGAUUUACCUCUCUCUCUCUCCUCCU